AUGUUGCAUGAACAAGCCAGACUUUCUUUCAUCAUUCAGGUAAUAUUGGAAAUCUGCGAAGGUAGUAAAUUGGAUGAACAAUGUAAUCAUAAUCUAGGGCACCGUUAUCAAUUUGGUAUUAGUUCAUCAAUAUCGGUUGAUGAAAAACAGCAUGGUCACAUUUAUGGUGUUUUAUCAUAUUUAGCUCCUGAAGCCUGA